AUGAAAGGUGUUUGGAAAAAGCUCUGCCCUCAGUUGUUUGGUACUAAUGUUGAAGGGUUUGAAGAACCAGCAGAAAUUGUACAGCAGAACACAGAACCAAUAGUUACUCUUGCCAACAGAUUGGACCUGGACGUCAUUGCAACUGACAUAAAUGACCUUCUUGAAGCGCACAAGGAAGAACUUACAAAUGCAGACCUCUUAGAUAUGGAAGAACAAGAGGAAGUUGAAGAGGUAGAAGAUGUUCCAGCACCUGAAACUCCUGUUCAUUUUUUCACUUUGAAAGGCAUUGAGGAAGCAUUUCAACACAUAGAAAAGGCAAUUAAUAUUUUUGAGUCACAAGAUUCUAACUUUGAGAGAAGUACCAAAGUUGCUAGAGAUCUAAGAAAUGCCAAUGCCUGCUAUAAGGAAAUUUACAACGAAAAAGAAAAGAAUGUGUUGGAAGCAAACCACUAUCACAGCUUGUCUACAGAAAGCUGCUGUGACUAG